AUGUCUUUUAUGGAUGUCGUUACCACUGGUCCUUUUGCUAGAUUACAGAGUUUAUCAGACGCUACACUUCGAACAACCGAUGGCUCAGUAUUUCCAGUUCAUAAGAUCAUAUUGGCUCGUCACAGCGACUAUUUCCAAGCACUAUUCUGUGGAAACUUUUCCCCGGGAAAGGAAAUACUCAUUCAAGGCAUCGAUGGCCGUACCUUGAAUGAUAUACUUAUUUACAUCUAUACUGGAAGAAUCAAAUUUGAUGUUGAGAAUAUCCUGAAUAUGCUAGUAGCCUCCGAUUAUUUACUUGAUAACAAAUUAAUGGAAGAAUGUAAAUUGUUCGCUUUGCGUACUAUGAGCAUUUCCAGUUCUCUACCAUUGCUCAGCAUUGCUUUUAAGUACGAGAGAUUAGGAAUUCUUAGUGACUGUUACCGUUUCGUUCAGGUUCAUUUCGAUGAUAUUCUGUACAGUCCAAAAACAGAUAUUGGCGAUGUUCCACUCGAAGUUCUUUACCAACUUUUAGGAGACAAAAGUUUGAAUGUGGCUGAGGAAAGAGACGUAUGGAUGGCUAUUGUAAUGUGGAUCGAAAAGAAUAUUCUAGAUAGGAUGUUGUAUGUUCCCAGUCUAGUCAGUUGCUUAAGUUUGGAAGCUGUGGAUGAAUCUUUAGCCAAAGAUAUUAUUUUGCAUCCUUUUGUCCAAAAUAAUAGAUUUUGUGAAGCUAUUACUAAGAGCACUGGAACUUAUUUUUCGAAAUUGGAAUGUUUCUUGUCUCGCAUUCAGAGUCCUGUAUAUAAUAUCUCUAGAUAUCCUGAUUACUUGAAUUUAAUAGUGCAUUUUUAUUCCUCUGAUUAUAAUGAAAACAUAGAAAUUUUUCUCACUUACGACAGUAAGCUGGACAUGUGGCGUCAAUUAUGUACCGCAUCCAUGACCUCUAAUUUAGUGGUUCUUGCACGACAGUAUGUCUACAUGUUCAAUACUUACGAAAAUCAAUGCACUGCUUUCAAUAUAACAGAGAAAUUCUGGUUUACUCCUGAUUCCCAUAAUAUGCCAAGAUUUAAAUACUGCGUUGUCGAAGUUGAAGGGUCGAUCUAUAUAUUGGGUGGCUUCUUGCCUUCUGUAAAUGAAGCAACGAAUUUCGUGGAAGUCUAUAAUCUGGAUACGAAUACUUGGGACGAAGUCAGCCGCAUGUCGUUCAUGAACACGUAUGAUGCUGUUUCGCUGGAUGGAAAAAUCUAUGCAUUUGGUGAUACCUUUAAUGGUCAUGAAAUUAUUAUGGUUGCUCAAGCCUAUAAUCCUCACUUGGAUAGGUGGACAUUCGUUACCUCGCCAAGGAUAUCUCGUCGUGACUUCAUUGCUGUUGCUUACAAGCGACAUAUUUAUCUCAUAGGAGGCCAUGAGGAUGGUACCUCUCUGACAAACGUGGAACAAUAUGACCCUUUUGCAGACGUAUGGAUGGACUUUCCUGAUUUACCUUUUUUUUAUUUCGUACCAAGCGCAGUAGUUUUGCAGGAUACAUUGAUCGUGUACGACGGUCACACCAUGGACAGGGAACGUUACAAGACUAAUGCAUCUUGCUAUUGGGAUGAGUACGAAAGUUGCUGGAAAACAUUUGUCUCUGAUUUAUCUUUGGAUAAUAUCCACCUUUUCCGAUUCUGUGAGAUACAUAACGCUGAAAUUGUGAGGGAUCUCACUAGAGAAAACCGACGCCCAGAACUUCUAUUGAAGAAUUCUUUAUUUGAGGAUGGUUUGUCAAGGUUUUCAUCCACAACGUAUCCUCAUCCUCCCCCUCGCCAUUCUAAUUCUCGUCCUCCGCAUUCUCAUCAUCAUCCUCACCUGCAUCCUCUUUCUCAUUCUGUUGAUUUUCUCCCUGAUUCUCAUUCUUAUUCUCCUUAUCCUUCCCACUCUCAUAAAUUUCCUCAUGCUCAUCCAUUUCCUCUUUCGCAUUUUCCUUAUCCUGAUCCCCAUCCUCUUCCUUCUUCUCCUAAUCAUUAG